AUGGGUGGUGGUAUCAUGAAUUCUGACUAUGAGAGUGAGGAGUUACUUAGCCUUGAUGAAUCAUCAUCAAGCAGUGAGGGUAGUGAUGAUUCAAGUGAUGAUGACAUCCCUAUUGCUGAGGUUGACAAUUCUAUUAGGAGCAGCAAAUAUCCAAUCUUUAGGCCAGUAGCCAAAGUUGAGAACCUUAGGUUUGAAAAGGAUAUGUUGUUCAUCUCAGCUAAACAAUUUAAAGAUGUUAUAACUGAUUAUGCAGUCCAUGGUGGGUGGGGUAUAAAAUUUGUGAAAAAUAAAUUGGUGAGAGUGAGAGCCCGAUGCCAGCCAGGGUGCAAUUUUGUUGCCUACCUUGCAAAGGUGCCAAGGGAGAAGAGUUUUAGAUUGAAAAUACUGAACAUGGAACACACAUGCAGCAGAAGCUAUAGAAAUCCAAGGUGCACAGCAUCAUACAUUGGGAAGAAGUUAGUGAAGAGGGUUAGGAGACAGCCUGGCAUAAAACUUAAGGAUAUUCAGGAGACUGUGCAUGAGAAAUAUGUGGUUAACAUAAGUGCAGGCAAGGCAAGUAGAGCUAGAGAGAAAGCUCAAGAUGCUGUUGAUGGGACCCACACUGCACAGUUCAACCAACUAUGGGAGUACUGUGAUGAGUUGAGAAGGUGCAGUCCUGAGAGCAUAAUAUUGAUGAAGGUGCAUACUUAUGAGGAUAGUGAUUUGGCAGCUGAGCAUGGAUUGGCAAUCGGGUUGCCAUAUUUUGAAAGAAUCUACAUCUGCCUUGAAGGUUGCAAGAAGGGCUUUUUGACAAGGUGCAGGCCAAUCAUUGGUCUAGAUGCAUGCCAUCUGAAGACCAAGAUAGGUGGUCAGCUGAUGUGUGCUGUUGGCAGAGAUCCCAAUGAUGAAUACUUCUCAUUCGCAUAUGCAGUAGUAGAGGCUGAAACAAAGGACAGUUGGACCUGGUUUCUUAAUUUAUUGCUUGCUGACAUAGAAUAUGACAAGCAAUAG